CCCGCCAUUACUCCAACAACAACAUAACACUGGGCCGCCGCAUGCCGGCAAAAUUUAGUCCACGGCACAUAGUUAGACCAUUUUGGAGAGUUACUUGGGCUUAUUUUUUUUUUCAAGAGUUUUCCCUGAGCUUUUUUAAGCCUUGAAGAAGGCUUUUUUUUUUUUUUUUGGGAGGGACACUGGACUUAUCUGUUCAUCCUCAAAGCCGUUUGAGAGCCGCACGUUUCAGCGCCCCGUCCACUCGCCGCACUAAUGGCCGUCGCAUUGCCGAAGCUGAGCAGUGGUGGCGCUGUCCGCAUCCGCUUCACCAGCCUGGACGUGGGCACGACCAAAUGGAGAGAGGGAGUAUUUGAGGUCCACGAGAGAGACAACAAAAGCAAUCUAGUGUUGAAAUUUAACAGUGGUGGAGCGCCAAAAUAUUUCCAGUUGAACCACAAUGUGAAGACUGUUGUUUUGGGGCCCAUACACAGUCAAAACCGCUUGUCGCUGACACUGAAGGACUCGAAUGUUGUCAUUUUGGAAAGAUUGCCCAUCACGGUCGCAAAAAAACUGAAGGAAUAUCUGGAGAUGAUUAAACAAGGGAAGCCAACAGCUUAUAAAACAAAUCAGGGAAGUGCCAGUUUUGGAUUAGUUCUUGGGAACCGAACAACACAGAACGACCCAGGUUUAUCUACAUCAGAAAAGCAGAUAACCCCACGCAGAUCAAGUUUGGACAACAGAGAAGAGAGCACGCCACGAAAGCCUCUUGGGAGUCCAAGCAGAGUCACAUCAACACCUGUACGCAGUGGACUAUCAGAAAACAGGAGCGAGAAAAGGAAAAGGUUGAUGAACUCUGAUACUGAUUUAAAUGAGGACUACCCCAAAGAGAAUGAUUCCUCUAGCAACAAUAAGGCCAUUUCAGACACUUCCAGGAAGUUUCUGCUCAGUUACAAAGAAAAACUGAAGCAGUCUGAGGAGAACAGGGCUUCAGCAGCUCCCCUUGGCUCUGCACCCCUUCAACCAUCAUCCUUUUAUGGCAGUAGAACAGGAACUAAAGAUUACACACAAACACAUUCCCUACUGGACAGGCCUGCCAGCACAAACCAGUCACCUGCAGCUAAAAGAAGCCUGGUGCUGCCCAAUCACUCCACUCCCUUUAAGAAAGUCCGCUCGUCUCUGGAUUAUGGAGGAUGGAACAAGCUGAGACCGUCUGCUCUUACUCAGCCUCAGGCUCCAUUGCAAGGAUUCUCCAACUUGGGAAACACUUGCUACAUGAAUGCCAUACUGCAAUCACUGUUCAGCCUGCCGUCUUUUUCAAAUGACCUGUUAAAACAGGGUAUUCAGUGGAAGCGGGUUCCUAUGAAUGCUCUUCUGAGGCGCUUUGCUCACCUUCUUUUGAAAAAAGACAUUUCAUCUCCAGAGGUGAAGAAAGACUUGCUGAGGAGGGUGAAGAAUGCCAUUUCCUCCACCGCCGAACGUUUUUCUGGGUACAUGCAAAAUGAUGCCCAUGAGUUCCUGAGCCAGUGUCUGGAUCAGCUAAAGGAAGAUGUGGAGAAGGUUAAUAAGAGCUGCAGGAGCGAUUCUUCAGCCUGGGAUGAGCCCCAGGGCACGCGACUUAUGGAGGACAUGGAUACCUCACGCAUAUACACAUGUCCUGUUACCGUCAACAUGGAGUUUGAAGUGCAACACACAAUCACUUGCAAAAGCUGUGGGGAGGUGAUAACAAAACGUGAACAGUUCAAUGACCUGUCAAUUGACCUGCCUCGCAAAAAGAAAACCCUUCCUCUAAGAUCCAUCCAGGAUUCACUGGAUCUUUUCUUCAGGAUGGAAGAAAUUGAAUAUUCGUGUGAGAAAUGUAACGGGAAAUCUGCGGGUGUCACACACAAAUUCAGCAGACUUCCCAGGGUGCUGAUUCUUCAUCUGAAACGGUACAGUUACAACGCACAGCUGUCUCUGAACAGCAAGCUGGGGCAGCAGGUCCUAAUUCCAAAGUACCUCACUCUUCUCUCCCACUGUACAGAGAAUACGCGGCCCCCACUCAGCCUGGGCUGGAGAGUCCAAACUGCCCUGUCUAGAACACUGAAAAUGUCACAAUCUGUGAACAGCUCCACGCUACGAAAAGGUUCAGUAAAAUGUGAAAACACGGGAAGCAUCAUAUGUGACUCAGACAGUGAUGAGGAAUUGAUUAGGAAAGUUGGCCGCAAACAUCGUCUGAGUGAAUGUCUCACAGAUGAUGACAGGACAGAGGAGGUUCAGCAAAGUAGUCACAUGGAUCAAACAGAAUUCACAGGCAUGAAUGAUGACGAAAUGCUGGCCGCAGUUCUUGAGAUGAGUCGUCAUGAUGCUGGCCCCAAUAUUGAUGAACCAACUAGCAGCCCUGACACAGGGUUUGGAGAUACAGAUGCUCAGGAGCUCACUCAGCAUUUGGAUCUUAUGGAAGGAGACAAAGCAUCUGGAGACAUGCCUGGCUCUUUGGACCUGACCAUGGAUGACAACAAAGAGAACCAGACUCCAGAUGGUGGCCAGGGUGAGUUGGACUGGGCACAGCAGUACAGUUUGGACCAAGAGCGUGAGGAGCAGGAGUUACAGCAGGCCCUUGCUCAGAGUCUCCAGGAACAUGAGGCAAGGGAGAUGAGAGAGGAUGAUGAUCUGAAGAGAGCGACAGAGCUCAGCUUGCAAGAAUUCAACAACUCUCUUCCGGAUCUUCUGUGCUCUGAUGAUGACUCGGGAAAUGAGGAUGCUCUUGAAAUGGAGUACAGUGAAGCAGAAGCUGAGGAGUUGAAGAGAAAUGCUGAGACUGGCGAGCUUGCCAACUCCUUCCGGCUCAUCAGCGUGGUCAGUCACAUCGGGACCAGCUCAUCCUCAGGCCACUACAUAAGUGACGUUUAUGAUAUGAAGAAGCAGUCCUGGCUCACCUACAAUGAUUUAGAUGUGUCCCGUACACAGGAGUCCACCGUUCAAAGAGACAGAGACAGGAGUGGAUACAUAUUCUUCUACAUGCACAAGAACGUGUUUGAGGAGUUGUCAGAAGUGGAGAAAGCAGGAGGAGGCACUGAUGCUAGCCGCACAGUUCUGCAACCUUUAUAAGUACUGUAGCUUUGUACAUCAGGCUUCAACUGGAGUCCUGCGCUGUGGCGAUGAACGGAUGAGCUUAGCCUAGGGUGGAAAUGACACCUCCGUCCAAUACUACUGAUCACCACACACACCCACCCCUCUUUCAGGCACUUUCUUCUGUUUUUUUUCUGCUUUCUUUUCCCUUCUGUGAGACUCUGUUGCUGUUUCUAGAGUGUCUGAUAUUAAUGUUCUUUAAGUCCAUGUAGAUAUAAAGGUUUAUGGCAAAAGGUAAACAAAAUAAAUAAAAUUAAGAAACUGGAAGCAUUUUGGGUUGCUGAAAGGUAUGACGUUCAGCCUCGAGACAUUCUGUUUUGCCAGAUAUUUGCUGAAUAUGCCUUUAAUAAAGUCUCUUAGUGGAGAAGGAGACUUUAUGCAUUAAAUUCAGAGCAAAUGUUCGAGGGUCAGGAAGUGUUUGUCCCUCUUGAGCAGUUUCUUUUUCAAGUUUUCCAAAAUUCUUUAUUGAAUCUAUUGAAUAUAAAAGAUUUAUUCUUGUAUGUUUGAGUGAUGUUGGGCGUCUGUUUCAUGUUUUAUAUGCAGCUGAAAAUGUGGUGCAAUAUUUACUUUGCCUGUUGGCUUUUAUAUGUCUGUCCUAUAGCGAUGAGUGGGAGGGGAGUUCCAGUUUCUAUUCACAGCUUUACUGAUGACUGUUUAUUGCUAUUUUAAUCCUAUUUUAUAAAUACAAUUUAACAAGUUAAAUGAC